AUGUCAAAUAUAUUUUUCGAGCCUGAUGAUCUAUUCAAUCCUUCUACUUUAAACAAUUUAGAUGAAAAGAGCUAAUAUGAGGUCUGUGAUGAAUAAUAGGAAGGAGAAAAACUAUAUUAUAGUUCUAAUUCCAUUCAAAAUCAGAAAGCUUAAAACAAAAAUUAUUAAGAAGCAAAGAAUAUCCCUAAAAAUAUGGGAGUACUAAUUAAGAAUUACUUUCGUAAUUAUUACAUUAAUUUUAGUCAACAAUUAUAAAGAUUUAGUCAGAUAGAAUAUUACUAUAAAAAAGUUUAUUAGUAAAGUAAACAAUAAAAAGAACUAUACUCGAAAAGAUUUAAAGGUCCUUUUCUCUAAUGAAGAGGCUAGAUUCAUUUGCAAAGAAUAUUUAUCAAGCUUUUAAAUCAUAAAGGAUAUACUGAAGUCUACUAAGAUAAGUGAUUCUGAAGUGAUUCUUAAAUAUGUCAAAAAAUUAUUCAUUGGAACCCAAGAUCCAUAAUCCCUCUCCUCUCUUAAAUAUUCAAAUUAAGAGUUUUGA